AUGGUAGCUGUGGAUCCCGACGUUCCCCCUCACAUCGCGCAGUUCGUAGACAGGUUCUACAAGAUUACAGACGCGGGCGACCACGAUGCGUACCUCGCCCAGUUUGAGCCGGAUGCGACCUUCAACGUCCUCGCCCCGCGGCAAGGGCACGAUGCGAUUCUGGCCGGACGGAGAUGGUCGUUCGCGAACCGUGGCGCGGACCAGGUGCACCGCUGGUUCCACAUCUGGUGUCCCGAGGGGCCCAAUGUCGCCUUUGUGCACGGAGACAAUGACUUUACAAGGAAGGACGGGGUGUUUGUCAAUGUUCCAUUCAUCGCGAGGAUGACUUUCAAUGGCGACCUGAACAAUCUGAAGAUCAAGGACUAUUAUGUCUGGGUCGCGAUCUACCCCGGUUGCGUCGACGCGCAUGGCGACUCGGUGAAGUUAUCCAUCCCGAUUCAGGUCGACGGUCAGCACCUGCCCCCGAUUCGCGCCACCGUCCGCCUGCCUCCGACGUAUCCGAACGAGGUACCGCCGGUGUGCACGGAGAUCACCUGCGACUGGCUUGAGGCAAAGACGCUCCGGGCCGUGCAGGACAAGCUGCCCGAGCUCUUCCAGAACGAGCCGGUCCUGUGGAGCUGGUGGGAGUGGGUGGGCGAUGGCUCGUUCCUUUCCGAGCUGGGGAUCAACCUCGCAACCCUGCCUCCAGAGGUGCAGGUGAAGAUUGCCGACUUUGACGCGGACGCCUCGCAGGCCGAGUUUCUGGACCAGGCGUACGCGUGCGGUAUCUGUUUCGAGUCAAAGAAGGGCGGGCGGUGUGUAAAGCUCCCCUGCUCGUGCGUAUUCUGCCAGGAGUGUAUCGUCGCCUUCUGGUCGCUCGCGAUAAAGGAGGGUGCAGUCGACAAUGUUGUGUGUCCGUCUGUCGAGUGCGUCAAGGAGCGCCGAGUUCUCGAUGCCGCCACGGUCGAGGCAGUUGUUGGCCCCGAGGCGACCAAGCGAUGGCAGAGGCUGAGCGAGAAACGUCUCGUCGACCGCGAUAAGCGAUACUGCUUCUGCCCGCGAGAGCUGUGUGAAGCGCUCGUCUCGCCAAAGGAGGCGGAUACAAAGAAGCCUACGUCCACGACAGGACCGAAGAAGGUUACGAUCAGCCUCGACAUUGGCAAGAGCGACGAGCCGAAGCGGCCGUCGAUGAGCGACCAAGCCCGCUGGGACAACUAUCGGCAGUGCGGCAAGUGUGCAUACUCGUUCUGCUAUCUCUGCCGCGCUCUGUGGCACGGGGCACACACGCUGUGCGAUAUCAAGGACACGAACCGCGCGGUGCGCGAGUACCUCGAGGCGGACGAGGAGGGCAAGCGCAAUAUCGAAUUCCGCCUCGGACCGCGGAACACGGAGGCGCUCUUCGCGCUGAUCCGUGACUACGAGCGCGAGCAGGAGGCCCUGAAGUGGAUGGAGGAGCACACGACGCCGUGUCCCUGCUGCAAGGCGCAGAUCGAGAAGAGCGAGGGCUGCAACCACAUGUCGUGCACGCGCUGCAGGUCGCACUUCUGCUACCGGUGCGGCGCCACGCUCUCCAUCGCAAACCCCUACAAGCACUACCAGCAGCCUGGGGACUGCUACCAGAAACUCUUCGAUUACAAUCCCAACCAAGACGCAGGGGGUUGGGUCCACUUUGGCGACGGCUGGUUCUAG